AUGUUUCUACAGUACCUCAGAACAGUGGAUCUAGAUAGAGACUUUGAGGGCCAUCCUCUGGAGGUCAGACUGAAUGUCAGUGAGAAACAGCUGGAAGAUCUGAAGACAGAAAACACAGUUCAGUCUGUUCAACUUUCUUUGAUUGAGUCCAGACUGACAGACAGCCAAAACAGCAGAUCAGCUCUGGAGGGCAGACUGACAUCCACUGAGACAAAGCUGGAUCAGCUGGAGAAUCACACUGCAGAUGAGCUAAAGGUGGCAUUCUCAGCCGGUCUGACUGAUUCUGGAUCAGUCGGACCGUUUGAUGAGGAGACAACUCUGAUUUUCUCUAAAACCAUCACCAACGUUGGCCAAGCCUACAACCAGACUGCAGGUGUGUUCACAGCUCCUGUCAGAGGACUUUACUUCUUCAGCUUCACAGCUGCAGAUUACCUGAAAGGUUACAUGGGUCUCUACCUGUAUAGGAACAACCAGCCAAUCAUCUUCAACCUGGACCUGAACGACCACGGUGGCUACGCCUCCUCGUCCAGUGGCGUGGCUCUGCAGCUGGAGGAGGGCGACAGAGUCUGUCUCAGUCUGCCUGCCAGCUACCGGCUCUAUGACGACUCCCGAAACUUCAGCAUCUUCUCCGGGUUCCUGCUGUUCCCCCUCUGA